UCUCUCUCAUCCCCCCGCCUAUCUGUCCCUCCUUCUGCACCCCCUCUCUCUCUCGCUCGCUCGCUCGCUCUCCCUCUCUCUCCCUCCCUGGUGCUCUCACACGCACAAAACGCUCUGUCAUGGCGUCUUCCAACAAUGUUACCCCCACCAACUGUAGCUGGUGGCCCAUCUCAGCCAUGGAGGAAGACGGCAAAAUCACAGACGGGGAGGAAAGCGAAGACCCGACAGCAGAGCCCAAACCCUUCUCAAAGGACAGGCUCGUUUUGUACCACUGGACGCAGUCUUUCAGCUCGCAAAAGCAGCUGUCCGUGCGUCUAGUCAUUAACGAGAAGGGUCUGAUCUGCGAGGAGAGGGAUGUCAGCUUGCCACUCCAGGAGCACAAGGAGCCCUGGUUCAUGAGGCUAAACCUGGGCGAGGAGGUGCCCGUUUUUAUCCACGGAGACACCAUCGUCAGUGACUACAACCAGAUCAUCGAAUAUCUGGAGAAGAACUUUGUGGGAGAAACGGUGGCUCAGCUUAUCCCUGAUGUAGAGUCGCCUCUCCAUGCACGUGUGCAGCAGUACCGUGAGCUGCUGGAUGGCCUCCCCAUGGACGCAUACACACACGGUUGUAUCCUCCACCCAGAGCUCACCACUGACUCCAUGAUCCCAAAGUACGCCACCGCAGAAAUACGUAGACACUUGGCUAAUGCUGCAUCAGAGCUAAUGAAGCUGGACCAUGAGGAGCCCCAGCUGACAGAACCAUACCUCUCCAAGCAGAAAAAACUCAUGGCAAAAAUCUUGGACCAUGAUAAUGUGAACUACCUGAAGAAAAUCCUAGGAGAGUUAGCCAUGGUUCUAGAUCAGGUGGAGGCUGAACUUGAGAAGAGAAAACUCGAGUAUCAAGGCCAAAAGUGUGAGUUGUGGCUAUGUGGACCUGAAUUUACGCUAGCUGAUAUCUGCCUCGGAGCCCUGUUGCACAGGCUCAAGUUCUUGGGACUUUCUAAGAAAUAUUGGGAGGACGGCAGUCGACCCAACCUCCAGUCGUUUUUCGUGCGUGUGCAAAAACGCUACGCUUUCCGCAAGGUGUUGGGCGACAUCCACACUACGCUGCUGUCCGCGGUUCUACCCAAUGCAUUCCGGAUGGUAAAAAAGAAGCCACCCUCCUUCUUCGGGGCCUCUUUUCUCAUGGGCUCCCUCGGAGGGAUGGGGUACUUUGCCUAUUGGUUUUUAAAAAAGAAAUACAUGUAG